AUGUCAAAAGAAAAAUAUCAAAUUGUCCCUUUCGCGGUGGACAAUUACAACGCGUGGGAAUUCCGAUUGAAAAGUAUCCUGCGGGAUAAUGGAGUAAUAGAGGCGAUCGAAAAGGAGGACUUUAAUGUGGACGCCCUGGACACAAAAAAAUCCAGUGUAGGAGUACUCAGCAGGCACCGCACAAGGCUGGUGACUGGAGACUUCACGGCCGUGGACGUAGCGACUGGAAAUACAACGGAGGCCGAGACGACAGUAAGGCAACUCAUUACCAGACCCAAGGGAGAGGUAGAGGAAAGUCAUUUCUUACAGGCACUGAAAAUACUGAAGGUAACAAAUUUAAUAUUUGGGUCAUCUGCGUAUGCCCAUAUUCCCCAAAAACUCCGAAUGAAGUUGGAUCCUCGUGGUGUGAAAUUGAAAAUGGUUGGGUAUGCUCCUGGGGGAUACAGAUUAUGGGAUGCUAAUGAAAGGAGGAUAUACAUAGAACGAAAUGUAUUGUUUAGGGAAGAAACAUGUUCAGAGUCCCCUGAAACUAUUAGUAUUGAUGUAGAAUCUGUCUCGGAUAAGAAAGAAAAAGAUAGUAGUAGUAGUCCUGAGAAAACCAAAACCCCUUUAACUUCUGAUAAUUAUUUAGAGUCAUUUAAACCUGAGGGAAGGGAUACAGAUGAUGUUAAUUCUAGGGAGAAAAGAAAGAAAACUAAACCAAAAUAUUUACAAGAAUUUGUCACUGAUGAUUCUGAUUUGGAUUUUAUAUUAAUGGCAUCAUUUUUAUCUUGUUCUAAUGGUACGUACGAUGCCGCACCUGCGCUUUGCGGUGACUGUGAUGAAUUUAUAGUGAGUGGGGAUUCACCGAGAUUAUUUGGAGUGCAAUUAAGAGGAUGGGUUUGCGCGGAAGCUCUUCAAUCUCCCAGAAUUUUGACCAGCUAUUAA